UGCAUGUAUUUUAACAUCAUCAAUGACUUGCGUUGUGGUGGAUACGAAUCGUCAACACCAGACUUUGAACUUUAGGCAACUUCCGGUGGAAGUCACGAGUCAGACGUCCGUCCGCGCACCAAGCAGAGAGACUGGGUAUGAACGAUCAUUAGAUCAAUGGCAAAAGUGUCGUUCAAGUAAUAUUCCUUUAAAAAUAAUCCAAAAAUCCACCCAUACUGACUUUGAAGCUUAUUAGUUUGUAUUUCAAUGUCAAAGGAAAGAACUAAUGGGUCAUUAUACUUGAAUAGCAAUGGAAAUUCGGCUCAAAAGGAGGCUUUGAGUAGCGAUGUUCUUCGUCAAAAAGGUAUCCGACCAUCGCCUUUGCAGAUAAAGUUAGAAGAACAGCUUAAAAAGAGUCGAAAAAGUAAAAAGAAAGAUCAAAAUGGAGUGGUAACUUCACAACCUAAUGGAMUUGCAAGAUAUAAAAAUCCUAAAAGUCACAGACACAAAUCAGACCAAAAACCAUUAUUUUCAAUGGAUUCGGAUAGCGACGAAGAAUUGACRAUAACACGAUUUAAUUCAAAAUCAACAAAUGUCUCAGUAAUGCAAAAUUCAAAGGAGCUUGCAGAAUGUGAGGAAAGAUUGCUCAAAGAUGGUUACAGAUUAGAUGAAAUAUCAGAUGAAGAAGACUUGGAUCUUAUACCUCCACGACACAUAGAUAAUAGAUGCUGCGGUAGCUCCUUUCAAGGGUGCAUUAUAUCAUAAUUCAUAGACAAUAUUUAAUAUCGCAAUUGUAUUUACAUAGUAUUUUUAUAAUCGAUUUGAACCAAAUCUUAUUACAACACAAAACACAAUGAAGGAUCCAACAUUUUCAUACUCGAGCAGUGAAUAGCUCCUCUAUGAAGGGAAAUCUUGGGGAAAAAAACCMUCAGUUAAAGUUCCAGAAUCUCAAAAUUAUAUGCUUUGUCAGACAAAAAUUUUAGAGCCAGUUAACCAAUCGUGUCAAACAUUUUCAAAUUAAACAGUGUAACCUUUUUUUGAAUGGAUGUUUUUUUAAGCGACAAGUUGCUUGAGCUGCUUUUCUGCUUUUUUUUUGGCCGUCUUGUAAGACUUGAUUGCAAUAUGCUGUUAGUUCAUUUUGAAGUGAUCAGUCAAGCUUUAAAAUCCUAAUUCUCAUGUAUAUAUGUAGCAUUAUAAAGACCAAAUUUACUCUUUGGAAAAGYGAAGUUUUUAGUCAAGUACAUGUAGUUAGGUUCUAUAAUUCUUCAGGUAUUUUCCAUUUUUAUGCAAUAUUGAUGUAUUCUGAAUGAAUUCUAAUAUUAUUAUGAUAAAAUCAGUUUGAAAGAAAAACUGUACUUACAGAAUGACAUGAAUGAUAAUAGUGCAAAGAUCUGUGAAUGAACUGAGCAAAAGUAAAAAGGUUAACAAAU